AUGGCAGGCCUUGUGCCAAAAGUUGACAGCCUAGACCAUGUGUAUGCAGGAGCAUCCGAGAGUCGCGCUGUGCCUGUCGAGCUCGAGCAACGUUUCAAGAAUUUGAUCCAGACGUUCAAAAGCGACUAUGGCCACAAGCCAGACUUCGUGUCCAGAAGCCCCGGACGAGUCAAUAUAAUUGGCGAACACGUCGAUUAUUCGCUCUACAAUGUUUUGCCGGCUGCUCUGACCGUUGAUGUGCUGAUCGCAAUCCGGAUUGUCCCCCGUGGAAAUGGUGAUGCUGCUGAGAUCAAGAUUGCCAAUAUUAAUCCCACAAAGUAUCCUUCGAAAAAUUUGACAAUUCCGAAUUCCGGAACAGUCAAAGUCGACCGCGAGAAUCAUUCAUGGAGUAACUACUUCUUGGCUGGAUUGAAAGGGUCGCUGGAAUAUCUCCAACAGCAGUUCGGCGACUCUUUCAAGCCCAAUGGCAUGGAGGUCCUAAUCGACGGGAAUGUCCCGGCGGGUGGCGGCCUGUCUAGCAGUGCAGCCUUUGUCUGUGCUUCUGCUUUGGGUGUUAUGGCAGCGAACAACCACGACAUUUCAAAACAGGAUCUGCUUGACCUCUGCAUUGUGUCGGAACGUGCUGUCGGAGUCUUCUCAGGGGGGAUGGACCAAGCUGCGUCGAUAUUCUCUGAGAGGGGUUAUCUUCUGUACUGCCGCUUCUUCCCAGAAUUCUCUGCAGAACAUGUCCCUAUGCCCACGUCGGACCCGGAGGUCACAUUCCUGAUAGCACAAUCUUUCGUUACUUCCGACAAGGCGGUGACGGCACCGCUUCAUUACAACCUCAGGGUGGUUGAGUGUACCUUGGCGACUGUGGUGUUGGCAAAACUCCAUGACAUUGCUCUGAAUCCAGAUCACAGCUCGCUUGGAUUUUGCCUGCGCAACUUUCAAGAAGAACUCAUGAAGAAAGAAGGGCGUACAGAUGAGCCUCUGGCGGCACAGGUCGACUCCAUGAUCGAGAUCAUAAAGUCAAAGCUUAAAGAGGAGGGCUACACUAGACAAGAUAUUGCAGAGAUUCUGGGAAUUUCCGUACAAGAGCUGGAAAAGCAGUAUAUGUCGAAGUUUCCCAUUCGGGCAGAUCUAUUCAAACUGAGGCAACGAGCGUUGCAUGUCUUGGAAGAGGCUGGGCGUGUCCUCAAGUUCCGAGACACUUUAACGACGUCAGGAAAAUUGGAUGAAGGGAAGUUGCUCUAUCUCGGUGAUCUCAUGAAUAAGACACAAGCUUCAUGCAGAGAUGUGUACGAAUGUUCAUGUCCUGAGAUUGAUCAGAUCUGCUCCAUCGCACACAAAGCUGGGGCGUAUGGAACUCGACUCACCGGUGCCGGCUGGGGUGGUUGCACAGUGCAUCUGGUGCCUCAGCACAAGAUUCUUGCUGUGACUGAAGCGCUUAAGCAAGAAUACUAUUAUAAAAAGUUCCCAGAGAUCAGCAAAGAGAAGCUUGAGGAAGCCAUUGUCGUCUCCAAACCCAAUCAAGGGUCGUCGCUGAUUGUCGGUGCGGCCCUUGAUAUUUGA